AUGGUAUCAUCCGUGACCAAUGCCAUUCUUCCGGAGAACGCAAGCCUCGACGAGACAUACUGGAGCGCCAACCUAGUGAGCCCAGUGAAGUUCAACCAGGCCCUACACACAAUCGGCAACAGCGGAGAGUUGAAACAUGUCGACCUUCUCAUCGAAAUCGGUCCUCAUUCGGCGCUCGCCGGGCCUAUCCGCCAGAUCAAAUCCGCGGGCAAUUUCACGCAAUGGGAAUACCUCCCUAGUCUGACCCGGAACACAGACUGUGCCGUUUCCAUGCUUUGCUUGGCAGGCAAUCUCUUCUUGCGUGGCUAUCCGCUCGCCAUUGACCGCGUGACCGCCAUUGAGGAGAUCUCUAAGGUCGGCAAAGCGUCAUAUCAGACGGGGAACCUGAUUGUUGAUUUGCCCCCUUACCAAUGGGACCUGAACAAGCGCCUGUGGGCCGAGUCGCGACAGAGCCGUGAGCACCUUGCUGUCCGAUACGCACGACAUGAUAUCCUAGGGUCCAUGAUGACAGGAGGCUCACCGACAGUACCCACCUGGCGGAAUGUGCUUCGGAUUCGUGACCUUCCUUGGCUCCGCGAUCACAGUCUGGGCGGGGAGGCGGUUUUCCCUGCAGCAGAGUACUUCCACAUGGCCAUAGAGGCCAUCACCCAGAUCAAUGAGCAGUCGUCCUCCCCUGUCGUCAUCGGGGGGUAUACCCUCCGUGAUGUGUCCAUUGAGACCGCACUACUCACGCCCGACGAUGACACCGGUGUGGAGGUACUUAUCACCCUCCAUCCCGCAGCGCAGGGCAAGAGCAACCACAACGGGACAAAGCAAUGGUGGGACUCCAGCGUGACUUCUGUUUCUGCCGAUGGCCCAAGGAGGCACAUGGCGGGGACGAUCGGGCUCAUUACAGGCCAGGCAGACAGCCAGAGGCCGCUGCUCCGCCCUGUCCCAGCCUUCCCGCAGAGGGAAUCCGGCACAGCUUGGAACCAGGCGCUGCGGCGCGUCGGAUUCGACUAUGGCGCGACGUUUCAAGAUAUGGAGGGCAUCCGGUUCAACGGGAAGACGUACGCGGCUGCCUCAGCGACCAAUAUCAGGAACGCCGUAGGAACGAUGCCAGAAAAGUCCCGUUAUGUGCUGCAUCCAGCCUCGGUGGACUCCUGCCCCCAGCUCAUGAAUGUUGCUGUGUACGCCGGCCGCGCAAAGGCUAUGCCCUGCGGUGUGGUUCCAUUGCAGGUGGACGAGGUGAUCACCUGGACGCCGAGCCAUGAACAGCUGUCCAGACCAGAAGCGGAGGCUUAUUCCUAG